GCAAGCCAUAUUUAGCUGUGGUUAGUUCGAAGAACAGGCCCUUAUACGUAGAUAAUAUGGCAUCUUCGUCAGGAGACGGAAAACGAAAGGUCGAGUCCGACAACUCAGCGUCGGAGUCAGAACAAAUCGAUACAGAGGUCGAAAGCAAAAAAAAAUCAUCAUCGAAGGCAGACAAAAAGGGCUCAUCGAGUUCAUCAAAGAGCAAAAGACCAGAGAAGAAAGCAAAGCAUGAUGCAGAUAGCAGCAGCGAAGAAGAAGAGGAUUUAAAGAACUGGGAUUCAGAGGCUGCCAGUGACGACGAUGAUAGCGACAAUCCCUUGGAUGGGCUCGACACAAAUGUGAUUAUAACUGGCCGAAGGACCCGAGGAGUAAAUAUCGAUUUCAAGAAUGUUCCGCCACUGACGAAGGACUCGUUAUUUGCAGGUUUGGCGGAUUCCGACAGUGAAUAAGCGCUGGCGACCCCACUUAUUGACUAAGCAAUUGAAAUACUAAAACUGUACAGAGGACAUUAAAUAUCCGUAACAAUCCACUUCAGUAGCGACACAACUGUCACCACUGUUGACUUUCUGAGUGACAAGUGUCAAUGCGUCAUCUGCUCUGUUACAUUAUUGUCUGACGGUGCUUCCAC